AUGGAGCGAGUAUCACCAGGAACUCCAGGCCCUGAACCGUGGACAACGGUCCCGCCGCUGCUUAACCUUCCUUCGGAACUUCUCCAUCAUGUGCUCAGCUACCUCAGCCUAUCAGACCUCCUCACAGUGGGUACGGUCAGCAAGGUCUUGCGUGAACAUACACUACAAGACACUCUCUGGCAAAGCUUCGUCGAAGCCGAGAUACCUCAACCCAAUGUCACCAAACCCGCGCAUCUGACAUGGCGAGAACUAUUCCAAGAACACCACCCAUACUGGUUCAUCGCGCGACGAAAAAUCUGGUUCUCCGACACAGCACACACGGGCAAAAUUCUCAUCGCACGCUACGACCACCGUCUUAACGCAAUAGAAGCCUAUGCUCUCGUCGCAGAACGCCGCGUUCCCUCAGCCCUAUCCUGGGAGCAACAUCCUGAAGCUAUAAUCCACACCUUCAGUCCAAAAGUACGCCUCGAUCUAAACGCACCCAUCGUCCGAUUGAACAGAGAUGCAUACGAAGAAGCCAUUGGCCCCAUAGGUUACCGCCUGCAAAAGGAGAUCCGAAUGGGACUCUACCGCGACCGCGCCCAACAAGCAGCCUCACUCUUCUCCCAACUCAUGCUUACGAGACCCUGGCCCAAGGCCAUAACAACAGACACGACACCCAUCUGGCCACCUCUCACCCUACCCAGCCCCGACCGCACGCGAAACGACAGCUCCCCCUCCAGUUUCCGGCAACCAAGCCAGAAACCCGCCACGCUAUCCCAACUCUCAACCUCAACUUUCCGGAUACGAAGGUGGAUGGAGUUCUCCACGCGCGCCCUCGGCCUUGGAAUGCGCAUCGGCGAGGACGUGACGACGUGGGCUACGUUGCCAGAGGAAUGUUACACGCCCACGCCGAAGAAACCCUGGCAGGGGAUCUGGUGUGGCGACUAUGCGGGCCAUGGGUGUGAGUUUCUUGUUGUCAUGCAACCGGAUGAGGAGGAUGCAAAACCACUGCCGGAGAGAGCGCUGUGGGCUAUGAGGGCUAGAGAGAGGGAGGGCAGUGUGUCCAGCGAGGGGAGUUGGACUACGGCACCAACUGAUGCCGCAUAUUCGGAUGAUGGUGAGGACGCGGCGAUGGAGAGUGCAGAUGAUUUGGAAGAUAGCGUUGCCACGCUCCAGGAAGCCUUUCAUGAGCAGAGUUUACCGGAACAUGCCGCCACUGAAGAUGAGACUGUAUACCGCGGCCGCAUCGAAGCCGUAAAGUUAACUGGCGAUCCAAAUAUUCCUCGCGGGGAAUACACAUUCAUCGCACCUGACAUUGGCCGGAAUGGUCUGAUCAGGGUGGCAAAGGAGGAGAUUUUCAAGGGCGCGAGGAUUGUUAAGAGCGUUGGACACAUUGCUGCUACGGGCUUCAGGGACGACAACUACAUGACUUCGCAGCUGAUACUCAUCUCGCACGAUCGAUUGGCUCAGUACUGGGAGACUUUUGGGCAUGUUUCUUUUUACCAACGAGUAGAUGUUGAUGCUUUUACUAGGGUGUGA